GCCAUCUGCCUGGGUUGUCUGACUGCUCUGGGAAGUUAUAACAAUUACAACAACAACUGCUACAGGGACUGCGUCAUGCUCUGUUGUCUGAACAGUGGCACCAGCUUCGUGGCCGGCUUUGCCAUCUUCUCGGUCCUGGGCUUCAUGGCGUACGAGCAGGGGGUGCCCAUUGCCGAGGUGGCAGAGUCAGGCCCCGGCCUGGCCUUUAUCGCUUAUCCCAAGGCUGUCACCAUGAUGCCCCUCUCCCCGCUGUGGGCUGCCUUGUUCUUCAUGAUGCUCAUCUUCCUGGGCCUGGACAGCCAGUUUGUGUGUGUGGAAAGCCUCGUGACCGCUGUAGUGGACAUGUACCCCAAGGUCUUCCGGAGGGGCUACCGGCGGGAGCUGCUCAUCCUGGCCCUGUCGAUCGUCUCCUAUUUUCUGGGCCUCGUGAUGUUAACAGAGGGCGGCAUGUACAUCUUCCAGCUCUUUGACUCGUACGCCGCCAGCGGGAUGUGCCUUCUCUUCGUGGCCAUCUUUGAGUGCAUCUGCAUCGGCUGGGUGUACGGAAGCAACCGCUUCUGUGAUAACAUUGAAGACAUGAUUGGCUACCGGCCGUUGUCGCUCAUUAAAUGGUGCUGGAAGGUCGUCACCCCCGGGAUCUGUGCGGGCAUCUUCAUCUUCUUCCUGGUCAAGUACAAGCCCCUCAAGUACAACAACAUCUACACCUACCCUGCCUGGGGCUACGGCAUCGGCUGGCUCAUGGCCCUGUCCUCCAUGCUCUGCAUCCCGCUCUGGACCUUCAUCAAGGUGUGGAAGACAGAGGGGACGCUGCCCCAGAAAUUCCGGAAGUUGACAACCCCCAGCGCUGAUCUGAAAAUGCGGGGCAAGCUUGGAGCGGGCCCACGGAUGGUGACGGUUAAUGACUGUGAAGCCAAACUCAAGGGCGAUGGGACCAUUGCCGCCAUCACAGAGAAGGAGACGUACUUCUGA